AUGAAUAUAUUAGCAGAAAUAAAUGCAAAUAAUACUUUCCUUUUGGAUAUGCCAGAAACAAUUCGUCGAUUGAGAGAAAAUCAAGAACAACUUAGAAAACAACAAGAAUCGUGGAAGAGAGAUUACGAAGAAAAAGAAAUUCAACGGACACAUGAAAUGAAACGGGAAUUCGAAUUAUUGCAUCAACAAAUACAAAACUCUAUUAUUGAUAAACGGCAAAUUGAACAAUUGAUUCAAACAUCCGUCACUAUUAAAGAUCUACGUGAAAGUAUUUCUCGUAUGCGUCAAUUAUAUGAUACCAUACCAGAAGGGUUUACACAGGCAGCAUUAAAAGCACCAUUUACAGCAAAUGAAACAGAAACUAUAGAAAGAAAACGUCCUAUAGAACAAUUAGCUAGUAAUGUUGAUAACCAUGGUAAAAAAUUGGAUAAUCGACUUAAUAAUAUGUCGACAAAACCGAUGACGCCAGCUAAAACUAUUUCUCGUGAAGAAGUUGAAAAACUUAUUCUUGAAACUAUUCGAAAUUUGAAACUAACAGAACAAAACGAUAAUAGCGAAUUACGUAAGUUAAUCCAAGACAUGAAUGAUAGACUUGGAAAGUUAGAAAAACAAUUCAAUCAACUUUCACAAUCCAAUAGCAUUAAUAAUAUUCGUAACAGUAGCAAAGAACCGGACGAUCAAACAACUAUAAAAAGUCAACCAUAUUCACAAAAAGAAUCACUAGGUAAGCCAGUUCAUCACGAACAACAACCUAAGUCAGAACCAGAGUUGCCAUCGAAUUCGUCUACUCAAGUGCACGACAUUCUCUCAAUUGAACAACGCCUAACUCAAAUUGAAGAUCGUUUGAAUGCAUCUAGAUAUAACGAGGCGAAACUAAACGAUUCUAUUCGUAAUGUACCACUAGUGGGAAAUGCUACACAAACUCAAUCAAUGGUACCCACAUCUAAUCCUCAACAUCCAGGAUCGGCACAGAAACUGAAUGUGAACAAAGAAACUUUCCCGACAGAAACAUCAAAACAAACGAGUGUUUCACAGUCCAAUAAUGGUAUUAAAAAGACAUUAAAAGACCAAAAGACCAUAUUCACUAAUGGUAUCGAUCGAGGACUUCAUGAUGAUCAUGUCCCUAACUUACAGAAAAAUAUAAACGAUUAUUCAGUUACGAUUCAAAAUCUUCAAAAUCAAAUCGAUAAUCUCAGCAAAACAAAACCAGAUCGACAAGCAGUCGAUGACCUUAUCAAAUCUGGUGAACAAAGAAAUGGACAAAAAAUUAAUGAUUUACAAAAACAUGUGAACAAGUAUGAAGAUGAUUUGAAUAAGUUCAAUGCAGAUUUGGCUGCUCUUCGUCGUCAAUUAACUCAAAAGCCAACUUCAACAGCUGUACCAUCAACAAGUAAAAUUCCACCUACAAAAAUCGAUAAUGAAGAACAGUUUCAAGCAAUUAUGCCUUUUAUUGAACCCUUGCCUAUAUUUGCUAUGCUUAUUGAGAAUGAAUGGGGGUGA